AUGGUAUCAAAGCUGCAAUUAUCCCAGGCUCGAUCCAUGCCUUCCAGCAUCCCUUCACAAAUCCAAAAUCUAGCUGAUGCGUCAAUGACCACCGAUGACCCUAGAAGCCCAUAUUACCUUCAUCAUUUUGACAAUCCGGGAAUGAUCCUUGUUACCAAUGUUCUCACUGGUGAGAACUAUGCUUCUUGGUCUCGUGCCAUGAAAAUGGCAUUAUCAGCCAAGAACAAAUUGGGCUUCGUAGAUGGGAGCAUUGAGAAACCAGACAGCACCUAUGCAAAUUUUGGAUCUUGGCUGAGAGCCAACAAUAUGGUCCUGUCUUGGAUCUUAAAUGCAAUUCAUAGAGAUUUGGCACCCAGCAUUCUUUAUGCAGAAUCAGCCCUCGAUGUUUGGAGUGAUCUCAAUGAACGUUUUUCACUUCGCAAUGGCCCUAGGAUUUAUCAGUUGCAGAGGUCUAUAGCCACACUACAGCAACAUUCUCAAUCUGUUGCAGUCUACUACAACACCCUCAAAGGACAUUGGGAUGAGCUCACAACUCACGCACCACCACCAUCCUGCACUUGUUCGGGUUCGAAGGAGUUUUCCACCUAUCUUCAACAAACCCAACUUAUGCAGUUUCAUAUGGGACUAAAUGACACAUACUCCAAUGUUCGGUCCCAAAUAUUGUUGAUGGAUCCACUGCCUUCCAUUAGUAAGGCUUGUUCAUUAGUUCUGCAAGAUGAAGCACAUAGACUUGUAUACUCUCAAUCCAGCAUCAUUGAAGGAAGUGAUUUGAUUGCAAAGGCACCUGAUGAGAAAACAUCCACUGCACCUGAGAGGAUCUCACAACCAAGACGGUGA